ACUUCUUUCAAUAUGGGUUCCCAAACAGAAGCCCAAGUUCAACAAGGGAAAAACUCGUUUUCGACUGGAUUAAUGCAUGUUCUUCAGCCAUCUAUCGAAGCUCUUGAUAAUAAAGUGAAUUGUGUGAGGCAAAGCCAAGUUGCUCUAAGAGAACAAAUUGAUCACCUAAGUGAAGAUCUUCUACAACUAAGUGAUUGCCAAGACUUACCAAUUGAUCUUGAACCAUAUGUGAAAAAACUUAUUGGUUCAAGGCGAAGAAUUAUGCUUGUAAAUAGCAUACUGCAGAAUGCACAGGAAAGGCUGAAAAGACUUAAUCAAAAUAUUACAAAAGAAACAACCAAGAAAAAGGCAGAAUUUAGUCCACCACCUCAAACUUAAAAAGUGAAUGUGUAUAUAAAUAGCAUAGUUUACAGGGCCAUCUCUUUUCAGGGAAGGAAUAGAGCCUGCAUAAUGGACUAACUACAGGUUUUCUUCCACUGAGUUUUGCCCCUUGCUUACAAAUAGAUUAAAUUGAAAAUUUGGGGAUGUCAACCCCUCCCCUCCCCCCCCACACACACACCUGCCCCCUUUGUUCUUGAUCUUGUUGUAAAAAACAGAUAGAAACACUAUAUUUCUAGCCAGCCACAGUCACAGACGCACAGUAUUAAAUUAAAAAUAUUCGUUAGCCUCCCAAGCAGGUGGAAAAAAUUAAUUGUUGUAAUA